AAGUAUGGUGUAACAUUUUUUUGGUGAUUUGAUUGAUGAUUUGUCUAUUCGAUAAUUUGAGAUUUUUGUAAAUAGAUUAGGAACCAAAGACUAGUGCUCGUUCAUAAAGAAAAAACAAAGGCUAGUGCUAUCACGUGUAACGGACAAGCCUUUAUCCGCAUCAAGCAUUGCCGAUGACACUUUAAUAUAUUCAACUAUAAUUGCAUGAUCAGAAAAAGAAAAGAAAAAAAGCAAUUGAACCUUAGAUACGUUGAACCUAGUCAACUUUGUAGAUUCAAUGAACUUAGACGUACUUUUAGUUUACUCUACUUCUGGUUUCCGCGUCAGAAAUAAGAUACCACACAAUCGAGUGAACACUCUACUGAAGUGAGGUAAGUAGAAGAUGAAACAAUCUAACCACAACUUACCACAUGUGAACACAGUUUAACUUGCUUCUCGUACGUGUGUCCACGUGGUAUACUCACGAGUCUCUUUUUAAUUACUCCACCUCGCCAACUCUGGUUGUGGAUGAAAAUGUAACGGACGUUAAAAAAUUCCUUUUGAUAAAAUAGGAAAAGAGUAGACAUGGUUAUAGACAUGAAUCUGACUUAGACCAUGCAACUCCUUUCCUAAAGUAAUACAUUUCAGUAUACUGUUUAGUGAGUAGCUAGUAGUAUUAGUUAAUGUUUAAUUAUUCUGAUUUGAUUUGAUAAAAGUUAUUCGUUUUGAAGCGGUUGUCUGUGGACGCUAUGGUGGUAAUAAUUGGAUUCUACAAAUUAGUCAGCCAGCACAUUUUAAACUGUAAUUAGUUUCUCCGUUACCCAAAAUUAACGCCGUUAAUCCAUUAUUCACCAUCGUUAGUUCGUUACACCAUUCUGUUGUCAUGUUUUACCAUUUUGUCGUUACUCCGUUAAAAAGUCAACGACUUUGUCAACACAAUGAAAACAUCAUUAAUUAUAACUUUCAGGUGUGUGUCUAUAAAUAUAUCACAAUUAGCUUAAGACAUGCAGGAGCAACCAGCAAAGGGCAUAAAAUGGUACAGAUUCCAAGAAGAUUCAACAGAUUCGCUGCAGCUUUUGAUGUGGUGGCGGCGCGUACACGUCCACCGUGCGAUAGCAGCAGCGGGAGCGAUCACUUUCCGGAGGAGACACAGGAUCUUUGGGAUCUGAUCGAAUCUUUUAUCGACAGGGAAGUGAAAGUUUUAUCGGGUGAGGUUCCUCCUGGGGAAGAAAACGAUGAUAAAUCAGACGCUGAUGAUGAUGACGAUGAAGAUGUGAAGGAGAGGUUACGGGAGAUUCUUGAGAAUCACGGAGGCGGCGGAGAGCGGCGUAGAAUAAUUGAUGAGGUGGUAAAUGCAAGUGAGCUCGUCGGAGAGAAACGAUACUUGAUGGCUUAUCUACGUAAAAAAGGUUUUGAUGCAGGUCUUUGCAAGUCCCGGUGGGAGAGAUUUGGCAAAAACACGGCCGGGAAGUACGAGUACGUUGACGUUAACGAAGGAGAUAAGAACCGUUUUAUCGUCGAGACAAAUCUUGCCGGAGAAUUUGAGAUUACUCGGCCUACGACGAGAUACAUUUCUCUCUUAUCACAACUGCCACGUGUCUUUGUCGGAACACCUGAAGAGCUGAAACAGCUUGUGAGGAUCAUGUCCUUUGAGGUAAGGCGGUCGAUGAAGCGAGCAGAGAUUCACGUGCCUCCGUGGAGGAGGAACGGUUAUAUGCAAGCCAAAUGGUUUGGUCACUAUAAACGAACAUCUAACGAAGUGGUGACGAGGGUUUGGAGCUGUGGAUGCGGACCACGUGUUGGGUUCGAGGAAUCGGUUGAAACGGCUACGUUUUUCGGUUCUAAAGAGGUGGAGUGGAAGAGGAACGGUUUAAAAAAGGUUGGGCAGCUCACGGUAGCUUUUAAACAGCAAUGAGGUGGGGCUGUAACAUUCAAAGAAUAGAGCAUAUGCCUCUGCGAGUUUAUAAUUAAAAGGUUUGGAUAUGAUGUAAAUAUAUAUAAAGUUUUGUUGGGGAUUAGAUAACUAGAGAAUCAACUAUCUAUAAAGUUUUUGAUUUUUUUUUGUCAGCCUAUAAAGUUGUUGAGCAUGAUUAAUGAAGAAUUCUUAUGGUGGGGUUCUUAUCGGAAAAUAAGAAACUGUCUCUUAACUUUUAAAUUAAAAAGCUAAGAACCGACUUUUAAAUAAAAAACUCGUCCUAAAAACUCUCCAUUAAUCAUGUUCUUUUAGUAUAUGAAUUUGUCUUUUUUUUGUCAUCUGUUAGAUUAUAUUCAUAUGCAACGAAAUUUUUUGAAAAAAUUUUUCGAAAACAUUACAAGGCUGUGACAAACAACCAAACCACCCAAAAGACAACCCAGCCAUGUAAAAACAACCACCCUUACAAUGAAUACAAUUACCAGCUGGUUAAACAACCCAGUCCCUAUACCAAACCUCCCAAAAAAUUCAACCAAAAGCCAAAUACAGGACCC